GGAAGUGAUGAGGUGGGGAGCUCAGCCGAGGGCUGCACAAAGACCUUCCUGGCCUGCCCCAGACAGAGCUGAGGACCCCUGGCCGUGGGCUUGGUAAGUGCCUGGGCAGAUCCCCAAGUGCCUUGGUCCCCAAGUGCCCUCCUGGGGGGCAGCUGGGAUCUGGGAGGCCUUGGGAUGUGGCUGCAGCUGGGUCAGUCGGCCAGGCUGAAGCCCAUUCCCUGGGUCUGAGCAGACUGGCCCCAAACUCCAGAGACCACCCCUCACCCCCCAGCUUCUGCCUCUCUGCUGCUGGACUGGGCUGUUUGUAAGGCAUCCCCCACCCACGGAAGUUCUGCUAAGAGCCCCAAGAAGGGGACAGAUCCUCUGGCAGAGACACUGGCAGACAAGAAGAGCCAGAGAGAAGUGGGGUGGGGGCAUCAGCACCCCCAGCAGCUGCUGCUGCUGCCUGCUGACCCAGCCUCCAGCUCCUCCGGGUGCAGGGUCCCUCCUGCUGACCAGCCUCCAGCUCUUCCCAGUUCUGGGCUCCGCAGCGAGCGGCUUGGGGGCACUAGCUGACACAGGAGACCAUAUCUGGGCAGAGGGUGGCUGCAGGUGGAGUCUGGCCUGUGGCGCACACCCAGGGGCUCCCCCGAUGCUGGUUACUAUCUGGGGUAUGGUGGCCACAGCUGUCCUGCCCCUCCUCGCGGCCGUGCUGGGCGUUACCAUGGUGACACGGAGGGGCCAGGCAGAGCAGCCCUAGCUCACCUCACUGGGAGCCCCCGCCAGAAGGUGGGCACCUCUGGGAGGGAGGGACUGCCAGGCCUUGGGGCUUCCUGUGCUGAGUCAGAGCCGGAACGGGAGACGCAGGAGCCCCGCAGCCGCGGGAGAUGCAGAUUUGGGGCUGCCAGGUGGCGCAGGUCCCCUUGGCCAGCCCCCAGUGCCCCUUUCUUCUGCCCCCAGGGCCUCGGCUUCACAGGAUGGGGCUGCCAGUGUCCUGGGCCCCUCCUGCCCUCUGGGUUCUAGGGUGCUGCGCCCUGCUCCUCUGGCUGUGGGCGCUGUGCACAGCCUGCCGCAGGCCUGAGGACGCUGUAUCCCCCAGGAAGAGGGCGCGGAGGCAGCGGGCGAGGCUGCAGGGCAGUGCGACGGCAGCGGAAGCGUCCAUGCUGAGGCGGACCCACCUCUGCUCCCUCAGCAAGUCGGACACCAGACUGCACGAGCUGCACCGGGGCCCGCGCGGCAGCAGGGCCCUGCGGCCUGCCAGCAUGGAUCUCCUGCGCCCACACCGGCUGGAGGUGUUCAGGGACAUCACCGGACCGCAGGCAGCCCCCUCUGCCUUCCCACACCAGAAGCUGCCCCGGGCUGUGCCGGCAGCUGCAGCCACCGCAGGAUGCGCUGGCCUCGACGCCACCUAUUCCAACGUGAGGCUGGCGGCCCUUCCGGGGGUCAGCCUGGCGGCCAGCCCUGUGGUGGCUGAGUAUGCCCGCGUCCAGAAGCGCAAAGGGACCCAUGGCAGUCCCCAAGAGCCACAGCAGGGGAAGGCUGAGGUGACCCCGGCCGCUCAGGUGGACGUCCUGUACUCCAGGGUCUGCAAGCCUAAAAGGAGGGACCCAGGACCCACCACAGACCCGCUGGACCCCAAGGGCCACGGAGCGAUUCUGGCCCUGGCGAGUGACCCGGCCUACCAGACCCUCCCGCUCAGGGCCCUGGAUGUGGACAGCGGCCCCCUGGAAAACGUGUAUGAGAGCAUCCAGGAGCUGGGGGACCCUGCUGGCAGGAGCAGCACGUGCCGGACUCGGACGCCCCCUGCUUCCAGCUGCCCCAGCCUAGGGAGGGGCUGGAGACCCUCCCCGCCCUCAACACUCAAGGACCUGUGCUCCUUCCUCCAGAGUGAGGCCCGUCCCCAGCCCCGCCCCGCCUCACAGCUGACAGCGCCAGUCCCAGGUCCCCGGGCUGCCAGCCCGUGAGGUCCGUGAGGUCCUGGCCGCUCUGACAGCCGCGGCCUCCCCGGGCUCCAGAGAAGGCCCGCGUCUAAAUAAAGCGCCACCGCAGGAUGAAAGCGGC